AUGGGUGGUAAAGGUAAAUAUGAUAUUCACACUCACUAUCCAUCAUUAAGAGAUAAACAUCCAAGAACUGCAGACAAUUGGUUAGAAGGCCAAAGAUUAGAUGGAGGCGCAGAAGGCUUGUGGAGAAUUCACGACAAAUUAUAUGAUUUAUCGCGAUUUGUUGAAAAACAUCCAGGUGGCAAAGAAUGGCUGGAAUAUACGAAGGGUAUGGAUAUAACUGCAGCAUUUGAAGCUCAUCACAUUUCAAAAACUGCAGAAAAAUUAUUACCAAAAUAUUUUGUACGUGAAGCAAGGAUACCAAGUCACUCGUUAUUGACAUUUAAUGAAGAUGGCUUCUAUAAAACUUUGAAACAACGUAUGAGCGAAGAAAUCAAACGUGUACCAAAAUCAGUAAGAAGAAAAUCUAAAUUAAUUAUUGAUUUUCUUAUUUUGGGAACAUUUAUUAGUUCGAUCUUGUCGACUUUUUAUUGGCCAUUAGUAUUUCUCGCAGGGUUAUUUUUAGCUUGGACAUCAGUAGCCGCACAUAAUUUCUUUCACCAGAAAAAUAACUGGAGAAUGUAUGCUUUUAAUUUAACGUUAUUAAGUUGUAGGGAAUGGCGUAUAUCUCAUGUUCUAUCCCAUCAUUUGCAUCCGAACACUUUGGUUGAUAUGGAAUGCAGCACUGCUGAACCAUUUUUGUGUUGGCAACCAAAAGAUAAAGGUUUUAUGAAAUAUGUUUCUUGUGUUAUAUCGCCAUUGUUUUAUGCUAUUAUCUAUCUUGGGCAGUAUAUUUUCAGAAUAAACGCGGCGAUCAAAAGAGGUCAUCUACUCACCCCAUUUUGGCAUGAAUUGAUUCCAUAUACAUUACCGUUGGCUAUGAUUAUUAUGUCAAAUUUGCCAAUAAUUUCUACCCUAAAAACUUGGUUUACAAUUAUUAUGAUUGCUAGUUUCUUUUUUGGAGCAAUCGGUUACAACGCUGCUCACCAUCAUCCAGAAAUUUAUCACCACAACGAUGCCCAUAGAAAAGAUCUAGAUUUUGGAAAAUUCCAACUUGAUGCUGUCAUGGACAGGGAUGAAGUUACAGGAUCUUUGUUUAUGGUUUUGACAAGUUUUGGAGAUCAUGGAUUGCAUCAUUUGUUCCCAACUUUAGAUCAUGCACUACUUCCGUAUUUAUAUCCAGCCUUUGAGGAGGUUUGUGAAGUGUUUGGAAUACAUUUACGAUUUACUUCACAAUGGGAAUUAGUUAAAGGGCAGUUUCGUCAAUUGUUGAGGACAUUGCCGAACUUGAUACCUCCUGAUGUAGUAGAAAAAUAAGAAGAAUUGGAUUAGGAAAUUUGCAUAACUUUACUUAAAUUAAAUUAUACAAAAU